GAGUCGAGCGCGAGCGGGCGACCGGACUAAAAUCAGAUUCCGCGUGUCCUCCGGAGCGAGAGCUAGUGUCAGGUGAUGCGCCCGGUCGCUCGUUGUCAUGCCUUCCGCGCUACUCGUGUUGGUGGUGCUGAUGGUCCCUUCGCCGCCGGUGCACGGGAGGCACGUGAGGAACACGGAGUCGAACGGCAUAUCAGUUGUUGGAGAAUUUAAUCACGAAAGCUUCCCGCGCUUUGCUGAGGCCGUCUCCAACGUGACGGUAACCGUGGGCAGGGACGCCCUUCUGGCUUGCGUGGUCGACAACCUGCGAACAUUCAAGGUAGCUUGGGUCAGAGUGGACACGCAGACGAUUCUAUCUAUCCACCACAAUGUCAUCACGCAAAACCCGAGGAUAUCGCUGAGCUACAACGACCAUCGAUCCUGGUUUUUGCAUAUCAGGAACGUGCAAGAAGCUGAUCGGGGUUGGUACAUGUGCCAGGUCAACACCGAUCCGAUGCGGAGUCGUCAGGGCUACCUCCAAGUAGUCGUGCCGCCGAGCAUCGUAGAUCGGGAGACCAGCUCGGAUAUGGUGGUUUUGGAGUCUACUAACGUCAGUUUGACCUGCAAGGCGACGGGUUAUCCGGAACCGUACGUCAUGUGGCGUAGGGAAGACGGAGAAGACAUCCGAUACAAUGGAGAAAACGUGAACGUUGUCGAUGGAGAGAUCUUAUUUAUUACGAAAGUUAGCAGGCUUCACAUGGCCGUCUACUUAUGCAUCGCUUCAAACGGAGUUCCCCCUUCUAUAAGCAAGAGGGUUCAGUUAAAAGUACAAUUUCCUCCGAUGCUAUCGAUUCCGAAUCAAUUGGAGGGAGCUUACAUAGGCCAAGAUGUCACUCUCGAGUGCCGCACUGAAGCAUUUCCAACCUCUAUCAAUUAUUGGACCACUGAACGAGGAGACAUGAUCAUCUCAGGUAGUGAUAAGUACGAAGCAGUGUCCAUGGAUAAUGGCUAUAAAAAAUACAUGAUGUUGAAAAUUCGCCGAGUCAACAAAUCGGAUUUCGGCUCCUACAAGUGCGUCGCCAAAAAUUCCCUCGGGGAAACUGACGGCGUGAUAAAACUGGAAGAAAUUCCAGCGCCCACGACGCUUCGAACAACAACUCAAUUCCCGUCUCUGCCAACGAAAAAGAAAGGUAAAACACGAGCUGGGGAUAGAUUCGGACGCGGAGGAUCUAACAACCGGGUCAAUUCGCCGAAAGACUAUGACGAUGCUGGAAUGCCAGAGUACGACGACGACGGAGAGUUCACUUUGUCGUCGAACGGGUCUCCGCCGAUCCAGGAGCCUCCGGGAGCUUUCAGCGCGGCAGAGAGCCCUGAAAAGUUUAACUGGUGUAUCUGUAUCGUGUUCGCGAUGACAUGGAUAUUCAGUAUGAGCCUGAGGUGAUCGUGCGGAUCCAAUUAAAAAAUACACGGAGAAGAUACGUGGUGAUAAAAACAUAUCCAGUGCGAGACUGAGCUGUAAAUAUGUACAAACAGUGCUAAAGUUAGGUAUAACGAAGUUGUGUAUACAGUCGCUGAGCUACGGUGUAUAUUAGAGACUGCCUAAAUCUGAAUAGUGCGUGAUAUUACAAUACAUGUAUGUAGUAUAGUGUCAAAUGAAUCAAUAAAGUUUAAAUAACAUUCUCAA